GUGCGUGAUCCAGGCCAAAGUUGGCAAGUGGUUGUUAUCUGGGGAUUCGAGCGCCUGAAUUGGUGUUCUUGCUUUGCCCGGCUGACUGCAGUCGACUCGCACCGGUUUUCUCUUGUCAGGACUCACUCUCGCCAGGGGUGAGCCCGCAUACCCUCUGCUGACCUGCGACCAUCUUCAUACGUCCAGUGCAUACAGGACACGUUCUUUCGUUUAAUUUCUCCUUUCUCUGGUUCCGUGAGCUGCUGCAAAUAACCGACCCGGUUCUCCCGUCUCUUCCAAGUUCAUACUUCCCAAGUUUGGACGGUCUAGUCACUUCGAAUACCUUGUCUCUGUUUUGAAGUGCCCUGUUGUGAAGAAACGGGAACAAUCGUUUUGCAUUUACACGACACAUAAUCUCUGCAACCUCAUCGCGCGCUUUGCGGCAAGACUACUACUCCCGCCUCAUCAUAUAUACCCAUGUCUACUUCCUCGUCUCCUACUCCUGCCGCUUCUGCCGGCGCUGGUCCGAGUGGUCAAAACACUAGACCGUCGCUGGAGAAUGGAGAUGAGAAGAACAGUGUGGUGAUCAAGGUCGGGAUGGUGGGGGAUUCUCAAAUCGGGAAGACAAGUCUGAUGGUGAAGUACGUAGAGGGCAGCUUCGAUGAGGAUUAUAUUCAGACGCUGGGCGUCAACUUCAUGGAGAAAACCAUCUCUGUACGGCGGACGACGAUCACAUUCUCGAUAUGGGAUCUUGGUGGCCAACGAGAAUUCGUGAACAUGCUGCCUCUUGUCUGCAACGACGCCGUCGCUAUACUCUUCAUGUUCGAUCUCUCUCGGAAGUCCACUCUGAAUUCCGUGAAGGAAUGGUAUCGACAAGCCCGUGGGUUCAACAAGACUGCCAUACCGUUCCUGAUCGGCACCAAAUUCGACACUUUCUCCACGUUUCCCCGCGAUGAGCAAGAAGAGAUCACGAAACAGGCAAAGCGUUUCGCGAAGGCGAUGCACGCCUCACUUAUUUUCUGCUCAACAUCUGCGUCGAUAAAUGUGCAGAAGAUCUUCAAAAUCGUCCUCGCGAAAGCGUUCGACCUGAAAUGUGUCAUCCCAGAAAUCGAAGGUGUCGGCGAGCCAAUAUUGAUAUACGUGGACGUAUGAUUUGCAGUCCAGCCGAUCUAACUGACGCUUUUGCAUCUCACUGGAGAGGGCGGUGAAUGUGCAGCAGAAGUUUAGGGAUGAACACAUACAUAUAGAGAGGUGGUGUUAUGAGGGGUUAGAGUAAGUGAAAGGACUUGCAAGGUAGUUUGUUUCACUGGACAAUUAGCUUGUUAGGACGUGUAUUAAUUUGUCGGCUUGGAACAGACCUCUAACCAUCCAACUAUGCAUACGGGGCCUUCGUUGGCUUGCCGUUGUAUUUUAUAGUUUGGCCAUUUGGUCUGAAGGAACCCGUUUGGCGUGCCUGCUGUAGCAUGUAGGUGGCUUGUCGGAUUCCAAAGAGCCAGUGGCGGAUGGACUCCGAGUGUCAUAUAUUGAAUGAACUAUUCUACCCUUUAUAUAUUUCCACCAUACAUUCUUUUCUUCACCCACGCUUCUUCCUUCCCCUAGCACGCAUUCCCCGUCAUCCUGGCCCUGAUCAUACCAUCUCGACUUCUAUUCCCCACCCUCCGAUUCCCCGUUUCUCAGUUGCUUCUCAAUAUCCUUCGUCUACCCUGUUGUCGUUUGCCCCACUUGCUGCAUAUCAUCCUCGCUCACCAUACUCUCGUCGUUUCGCAUACCUAUUAUAAUCCCUUAUAUCGUUUCGCUCGCUCGCGCAAUUACGCUAUGUGGUUAUGUACUCGCUGGAAAAAACUCUCCAUCCCCUCAGCUUGAUUUCCUGUCAGAUUAGUCCGAGUCCUUGUAGGAAUUUGCUGCUUUUAUAUACUGUACAUGAAAUUUCAGAGAUACUUGGAGUUGGACCCAGGCCCUCAAAGGACUGAUUCCUGAUCCGAAGAUCAAGCAGAGUUCAAAUCUGAUGCAAGUGACCUC